AUGAGGAACUUGGCUUCAUGUCUCAGCGAACAUGCUGUCAGGGUCUCAGAUUCUUCAUGUUCUGGCGCCGGCAACAACAAAAACAUCUCCUUGGCCAUAUUUGACCGUAAUUCCUUCCAGAACUCGGUCACAUGUCUCUAUAAAACGAGGCUAAUUUCCACUGCCAAGGAGCUCUUCUUCAAACUCACUUGGUCCAAGACCAACACCGGACCAUCUCUCUCCGUCUCCAUUGAUGACAACACCCAAGUCUUGAGGGAAAUGGAAGGGAAGCAAUCAUAUAAACAUGGAGGCUUGGUGAUCUCCAUACACUGGGAUUUCUCUUCAGCCAGAUAUACAUGCUACGCCCCUGACCCAGUGGACAACAACUUCUACGUCAUAGUCAUGGCUGACUCUGAGUUUGCUCUGUUGCUCGGAGAUUUGAGCACAGACUACGUCAAGAUGUUUGAAAACACUUGUAGUAGAGGUAUCCCAAUAGCCCAAUAUUCUCUGGUUUGCCGGAAAGAACAAGUCUUCACUCAUGGUGUUUAUAGGACAAAAUCUCGGUUUGCAGACAAUGGGAAGGUUCAUGAGAUCAUGAUAAAGUGCAAAGGGGACUCAUGGGACGUGAAGAACUCGGGGUUGUCAGUGUGGGUGGACAAGAAGAAGGUGGUGCAUGAACAGAGAUUGUACUGGAACUUCAGAGGCAAUCAGGUUAUGUUCGUUGAUGGUUUGCCUGUGGAUUUCAUGUGGGAUUUCCAUGAUUGGUGGUUUGGAGGUCCUUCUGGGUGUGCUGUCUUUGUGUUUAGGACCAGGAGUUCACUGGAGAGCAGGCCAUGGCUCGAAGAGGAUGAGUUGCAAAAGGAACAGAGCUUCUCCGGGUUCUCUCUUUUGAUCCAAGCCUUAAAAAGUCCAUAA